UACACGUGCAGUAGCAAUGGCGACCGCCAGAGUCAGGACGAUUCCUUUCCUCCUCCUCCUCCUCGCCACCCUCCUCUGCGCCGCAGCCUCCGUCGCGUCGUCCAGGGAGGACGACGGGGGCCGCCGGCCCGGGCGAUGCGUGAGGCAGUGCGAGGACCGCCCUUGGCACGAGCGGGCCCGGUGCCUGCAAGAGUGUAGGGAGGAGCGAGAGCAGCAAGAGCAGGGCAGGCACGAGCGCGACCGCAGCGGCAGCCGUGGCGACUGGCGCGGCAAGGGUUCGGGAGACGAGCGUGAGCAGCAGGAGGAGGACCGCCGGCGGCCGUACGUGUUCGGCCGGCGCAGCUUCCGUCGUAUCGUCCGGAGCGAGCAGGGGUCCGUCAGGGCCCUCCGGCCGUUCUACGAGGCAUCCAAACUCCUCCGCGGCAUCCGUAACUACCGCGUCGCGGUCCUGGAGGCGAACCCGCGCUCGUUCAUCGUGCCCAGCCACACCGACGCGCACUGCAUCUGCUACGUUGCGCAAGGCGAGGGAGUGGUGACGACGAUCGAGAACGGCGAGAGGCGGUCGUAUACCAUCAGGGAAGGCCACAUCUUCGUGACGCCAGCCGGAGCAAUCACCUACCUGGCCAACACCGACGGCCGGAGGAAACUGGUCAUCGCGAAGAUCCUCCGUACCAUCUCCGUGCCUGGCAAGUUCCAGUUCUUCUUCGGCCCCGGCGGGAGGAACCCGGAAUCGUUCCUGUCGAGCUUCAGCAAGAGCGUCCAGAGAGCUGCUUACAAGACCUCAAGCGACCGUCUGGAGAAGCUGUUCGGGAGGCAGGACAAGGGGAUCAUCGUGCGUGCCUCGGAGGAGCAGGUCCGCGAGCUGCGGCGCCACGCCUCCGAGGGCAGUCAAGGCCCGCACUGGCCCCUGCCGCCGUUCGGCGAGUCGCACGGGCCAUACAACCUCCUGGACCAGCGGCCCAGGAUCGCCAACCAGCACGGUCAGCUCUACGAGGCCGACGAGCACAGCUUCCACGACCUCGCCGACCACGAUCUCCGCAUCUCGCUCGUCAACAUCACCGCCGGGUCCAUGAGCGCGCCGCUCUACAACACCCGUUCGAUCAAGAUCGCAUAUGUGCUGGAAGGCGAGGGCCACUCCGAGAUCGUGUGCCCGCACCUGGCGCACGGCGGCGAGAGCGAGCACGGCCGCGGCGGAGGCCGCAGCGAGCGCGGCAAGAGCAGGUGGCGUGAAGAAGAGUCAGAGGAGGAAGAGGAGCAGGGGCAGCACGAGGAAGCCGGGCAGGGCUACCAUACCAUCCGUGCGCGUCUGUCGCGCGGCACGGCGUUCGUGGUGCCCGUCGGCCACCCGGUCGUGGCGGUGGCGUCCCGGGGCAGCAACCUCCAGAUCGUGUGCUUCGAGGUCCGCGCCGAGAAGAACGAGAAGGUGUACCUCGCGGGGGCGAACAACGUGCUGAAGCAGCUGGACGGAGCAGCCAAGGAGCUGGCGUUCGCUGCGAGCGAGAGGGAGGUGGACGAGGUUCUCGACGCGCAGCGCGAGCAGGGGUUCCUCCCCGGCCCAGAGGAGAGCGGCGGCCAAGAGGAGGAACACGAAGGACGCCAUGGCCGCCCCGAGGAGGUGUCCGAGACGCUUCUGAGGAUGGCGACGGGAGUCUAA